AACAAUAUCGCAACGAUGACGUUCGUUGAGCCCCACCUAUUAUGCGCACUAAAGAUUAUUUAACAGCUCUAGUUAUUUGCCAGUCAUUUAGUCCAUUAUCAAGGCCUUCCAGAACAUCGUAGCUAACAUUAAGGGCUUGAAGUCAGAGAUUUCAAGGUGAUCCUCGCCAACAUGAGGGUAUUCUGUGCUGUAUCGUGUUUACUCCUGGUUGUAGUUCACGCAGGCAACAAAGCGUCAAAACUUAGAACGCCGGCGAAUUUCGAAGAGUUGAAAAGGCUCACCAAGACCACUCUUCGUUAUGCAAGUGCUCCUACAUACCGUCGUGGAGCGCAGCCCACCACGUGGGAAUGUGAUCGAGUUGGGCCGGUCCCAGCCAAUGUACGCUCAGAACUACGUCUCAGCACCUUCUACAGGAAAUACCUCCACGCUUUUGGUAUUCCCGUCAUCAGUUCUAACCAACCAAGUGACGCGGCGCUCAGACGUGCCUGUUACAUAGUCGUGUUCCUAUUAGCUGAUCGUAAAGACAUCCGUCAAUAUCUGUACCAACGUAAGGGUCGCGCUGGUGUCGUUGGUGUUCGCGAAGGUGUUACGUCAAUUCCUGAACAUUCCUGGUUACCUGGCUGGUGGAAUCAGAGAGCAAGAGGAUUGGGAGGUACCAUACAGAACCCCAUCUCCACCUGUGGAGAGGAAAACAUCAUGUGUGACUUAAGAAACGACCGAUAUCCCCGUGAAGACAUCUUUCUCCACGAAUUCACUCAUGGAAUCCAUGAAAUUGCCAUCGCCUCCAAUGGCGCUAUUCGCGACUUUGACAGACGUCUUCGCACUCGGUACAACUACCUGAAACGAACUGGAGCCAAGUGGGCGCGAACCUACGCCAUGAGCACCGAUAGGGAGUACCUUGCUGAAGGAACGCAGAGCUUCUUUGAUGUGAACGACGAGGCGAUACCCACUAAUGGUGUUCAUAACCACGUUAAUACAAGAAGUGAACUGCUCUCAUAUGAUUCAGUACUUUAUAAUUUCGUCAAAGAGGUUUUUCCGUGUCAAAACAGGGUGAUCAAGCGCUGCGAAGCUAAAGCUGGAAAUCUUCCUGCACAUCGCUAUCAUUUCAAGAUGGAUUGUGAUCGAAAUGGAAAUGGCAUCCUGAUGGACUUCAGAACCAAGAGACCAGUUGGAGUAGUACCCACCCCGCCCAAACCUGAUACCCCAGCACCACCUCAACCCACUACAGACUGUCCCUCACCUCCACCACCUGACACUCCUCCACCCGACACAAACCCACCAAUACCCCCAACACCUCCAGUACCUCAGACCCCUCCACCCGAUACUGGCAUGCCCACACCACCACCACCUCAGACGCCUCCACCCGACACAAACCCACCAAUACCCCCAACACCUCCAGUACCUCAGACCCCUCCACCCGAUACUGGCAUGCCCACACCACCACCACCUCAGACGCCUCCACCCGAUACUGGCAUGCCCACACCACCACCACCUCAGACGCCUCCACCCGACACAAACCCACCAAUACCCCCAACACCUCCAAAAACCCCAACACCUCCACCAAAUCCUCCUACGCAGCCUCCUCCUCCAGUAAAUUGCGUGGAUAAUCACCGAAGUUGUCGAUACUGGUCUUCCAUUGGAGAAUGCAGUAGGAAUCCUGCUUACAUGAGAGUAAACUGCAAGAAAAGCUGUAGAAUUUGUGGGAGUACUGGUGGUCGAUGUUAUGAUCGUAAUGCAAGAUGCUCUAGUUGGGCGUCCAGAGGAGAAUGUCAAAGAAAUCCCGCCUACAUGCGCAUGUAUUGCAAGAAAAGCUGCAACGUUUGUUGAAAUGAUCCCCCAGAGUUACACUCAGAUACAUUUUCAAUCUUCGUAAAUCAUUCAACCAAGAAAGGAUCAUCCUCAUGAUAUCAAUAUAAUUGUGAUUAUUACGUAAAAAUUAUAAUAAAUUAUAAUAAAUGUAUGAAUAUAAUCAUUCAAAAAAUAUCAUUCACGACACCAUCGAUCUGUGUUUGAUGUAAAACGGUGAGAUCAAAACAGCACGGAACAUCGACAAGGAGAAUUCAUCGCGGUACUUCUUAUUUAAUAUGUUUCAACGAUUUGUUUGGGUUUUUAAUGAAUUUUUAUCCAUUUCCCUGCAAUGUCUUUUCAUUAUAAGAAACAACUACUUUUUUCCCAUGCGCAUCUGCAAAGAUAUUUAUGAAUUAAUUAAUGGUUUUCACAGCUGCCAUGCUGGAUGAAUUUAACAAAAGAUUCAUCAUUAGUUUCUUUUGUCAUAUCAUCCAACAUGGCCGCCGUGUCUUCUGUUAUUUCAUUCUCUUGGCAAUGAUUGCAAAUCAGCAAUAACGAGUUGACUGUAAGGGAUAAUUUGUGGUUGGCUUUUUUUUCCCAUUACGAGUAAAGCCUCUUGUUUUUGCUAGUUCGCAACGCAGCCAUUAAUUUGUUUACAACAUCACGACCGAAUGAAAACAUUCAUGAAUGAAAAAAAAACACAUUAACAUUUAAGGAAUAUAAUUUGUGGUUGGCCUUAAUUUUUUCUAUUACCUGCAAAGCCUCUGGUUUUCGCAAAGGUUCGCCGUGUUUAAAACUCGACGUGCGGCUUGGAGUGAGCUUGGAAUAGAUAACCUUCCUGUUGGGUAACAUGGCGGCAGUAUAACGUCACAUAAGGUUUACUCCAAUGAUCUUUAUAGGGUGUAGCUCAAGUGCGCAAGCGAGAAUUGAUAGUUUUAUCAUAAAGUUAGUCGACAGUGAUAUAAAGUAACCGAAAGCUUUUAAAUUUUACCCAAGUUUUUUAUCACUAACUCACCUAUCAAACCUUACCCAACCA